UCUCUUUUCUCUUUGGGUGUGGGUGAGCGUGUGUGUCUGAAACACAAAGGGAAUUUCAGCUUGAGACAAUAGUGUGACCAUAUGGUCUCCCUGGCUUGUAAAUCAUCCUGUGGUCCAGUGCCAGCUUCAAUGAAAACUACUCCACCUUCCUAAAUUCUCUCUCUCUCAGAUCUUCUUUACGAAAACAUUCAAGUGCACAUGGUCUUAAACUAAUACUGACUUCAGAUACCUGUUCACUUCACUGCAAUCAAAAGCGGGCUGAUGUGAAAGAGACGCAGAGAGGUAAGGAGAAGGAGAGCAGGGGAGCUGGAUGAAGGGGGGGAAUGCAAAGAAAAGAUAUUAAAUCAAAUAAAAGAAAACAUAAAGCCGGCUGCAAAAAUACUCACCCUCAGAGGAGGAGACAGAACAAGGCAACGAAGGAGAACGCUAACGAGGGAAUAACAACAGAAGGAAGGAGUGACAGAGGCCCUGCCCCACUGGGUGGCUCAACCAUGAAGCUGAACAUCAUUUGUAGCUUGUUUCUGCUCCUGGGUGUUCAAACAGUAAAGGGAGGCAGAGCCCAGCGCAAACAGAGACAAGCUGAAGAGAGCCUGAGACCUUACAUUGGCAGAGUUAAACCAGAAAAGCUUUGUGAGCUGCUGAAAUGCCAUACUCCAGUGGGGUCUUGGUGCCAGGUAGUUCAAGAAAACGGAAUUCUCAUCCCCAAGUGUGUUUGUCCUCAGUCCUGUCCUCGGCAGAGGGCACCAGUGUGCAGUGUUGUGGGAAAGACCUAUGAGAAUGAGUGUUGGCUUCAUAAAGAUGCCUGCAGAAAGAGGCGCCGCACCGGACUCGCUCACACAGGACCCUGUCUGGUCCCCAAGGGUAAAUGCACCGAGGAGGAGUUAGGCCAGUUUCCAUAUCGUCUCCUGGACUGGUUUCUGCUCUUGAGUCGUAUGGGGGAAUCCUACGCACCUGCUGCCCCGCCCCAGAGCUGCCUGAGCCACACCCAGAGGACACAGCUGGCACAAAAAAGAUUUACCCUGUUGGACAGAAAUAAAGAUGGCAAGUUGAGCCGCAGGGACCUGAAGAAGCUGCAUUAUAAGAGGAUGCCUUUGGAGCACUGUGCUACACCAUUUUUUCAGUCAUGUGAUCGUAACAGGAACAGGAAGGUGACCCUCAAUGAGUGGACAGCAUGUUUGGUGGAUCGUUCUGAGGCCUGGUUCUAUCAAUUAAUGUCGAUGAGAAUGGGUUCUCUGAAGUUGUGUCCUACAAUCAAAAGGAACUACCUCUGACACGUCUACUUCUUUUGUACUGUUAGGAACUUGCAGGCCAUAUCAUGACAGUUACUUGAUUUUAAAGCUGAUAUUAAA